UGCUGCUCAGUACCUUGUGCUCACUUUUGCAGGGCAAGCAUGGCUGAGAUGCUGGUUGGAGCAUUACUCACCCCUGCCACUGAAGCCAUUCUCAAGAGAUUGGCUUCUGGUGACAUUCUUGACUUCUUCCGAGUCAAAAAGCUUCAAGAUGGCUUCUUGCUGAAAAAAUUGGAGAUAACUCUUAACAGUCUCAACAAAGUCAUGGAAGAUGCUGAGGAGAGGCAACACAGAGACCCUUAUGUGAAUAGGUGGCUUGAUGAGCUCAGAGAUGCUGUGUUCCAGGCUGAGGAUCUGCUGCUUGAGAUUGCAACUGAGGCCUCGUGACGGAAUCUGCGACUUCAACGUCAUCCUACCACAGAUAGUGUAGCUGAUGCG